UUUGAAUGGCCAAUCAAUCCCACCAACGCGCCCCCCGCCGUCUAACAUCUCACUAGAAUGCUGCAUGUUCAUGUUCUACCUCAACUCCUCCCGCCACUCUCCUUACCCACACAUCACCUUACCCGCCCCUCUCCUUACCCCCUUAUGUAUGUGAGGCUGGAUGAUGUCAUCCUUGAGGAGGCUCCUGGCUAGCACAUCACAAGAACCGGCCCAGAUCAAUAUAUUACAUAGCAACGAGCUCACUGUGUUACUGCAUGGUCACAAAAAGACUCUCAACGUCCAUGGAAAAACAUUUAUACCCUGGUUGGAGGUGCCGAUGGGCCUACCGAUGUUCUGGAAUUUGUCCCAGACCGGCCAUUUCAGAGAUGCCCUCAGUAAGCAUUAUCGUUCGUAUCCGUGGAGCACUUCAGCAUACCAGCACGCGGCCACGCACACUGAGUCUCCCUAGAUUUAAAAGUUCGCAUACUUGUCUUGCACCGAUGCGCACAUUCCGUCUAUUGCAUCUCAAAAUACAAAUCAUGGGCAUCGUGGCAGUCAUCGCAACCUCAUUAUCGAUGACGUUACCUUUCUUACUGUCAUCCUUCGCCGAAAUCCCACUGUGUACUGGACGAGCUACAGCGGGAAUUUCAUGCACACCGUGUUGCGUAUCCGCACAUACACUUCCCGGCACCUACUUCCAAGAUAGCUUCGGGCCCAGAAACGCUGAUAUUCGGUGAUGAAGCUGCGAAAGAUGAAAGGACAUAGAUUCGUCCAUCGGAGCCGAUGUUCGAAAAUUGAUCCCAAACCUCAUCGUUCACAUUCCUAACCCUUAACUCUUUCCAUAGAAUACCGCAUAUGUGC